GUCAUACUACAUGACAAAUAUAUGGGAAGAGCUUAACUGUCUUGGUGUUGAAUUAACCGAAAAUGAAUUGCGUGAGAUGGUUAAUCUUUCAUCGAUUAAUAGUUUUAUCGAAGAUGAAGCUGAUGAGAAAAAUAAAAGUGAAAAUAAUAUAUGUGAAGACGAUUUGUUAUCCCGGGCCAAUUUGGUUUUGGAAGAAACUGUAAAUUUAAAGGAUCCAAUCUUCCAGGAAGAAGAUAUCGUACCACAUGAAACUUCAUCUAAUACCUCAAGUGAUACAAAUGAUAAUAAUGGCAAAAGCAGUGGUAGUAUAGAUUUUAAUCCUGAAAAUCUUGUUGAUGCCAUCUUAAAUGAGAUGCUAC